AUGAAUGAUAAUAAAGAGUUUGAAAUAGUACGUCAUGUGAUGCAUCACAAUCAUCCUUUGACAAGACAGUCACUUAAUUAUCUACAUAGAUCAGAGCGACGAAUGACAUCCCCCAAGGAACAAGUUAUACAAGCCAUGACAGAAUGUGGUUUAAGACCAAUUGAUUCAUAUAAUUGUAUGAGUUAUGAAGCCGGUGGAGAAGAUUUAUUGGGACAUUCAAAGAAAGAUCAUUUCAAUUGCUGCUACAAACUCAAAAUGAAGCCAAUAAAUGGAAGUGAUUCUCAAACUGUUGUUGACAAAUUGUAUGAGCAAAUGACAGAGGACAAUGAGUUCUUUUUUAGAGUGAGACUGAGUGAAGAUGGAAAAGUUUGUUGCUUAUUUUGGAGGGAUGCAAUGAUGCUUGAAGACUAUAAAAUUUAUGGAGAUGUUAUGGUCUUUGAUACUACAUAUAGGACAAAUAAGUACAACCUUAUUUGUGCUCCAUUUGUAGGAAUCAAUAAUCAUUGGAGGAACACAAUGUUUGCAUGUGCUUUUAUUGGUGAUGAAACUAAAUAA